ACUAACCCUCGACCACUCGUCAGCAUCAGGAAACAAAACCAAAGCAAAAAAAAAAUACUAUAUAUAGCCAGUGAGCGAGCCCCAUUUGUUAUUGAACAAAGCCUAUUUCCAGUGACUAAGUCCCAAUAUUUGUUGUUGAACAAAGCCUAUUUCCAGUGACCAAGCCUCAUCUGUUGUUGAACAAAGGCUCUUUGUGUGAGCAUUUGGCAGCACCAGAAAGAGGAAAAUGGUGGCUAGUGAAGACAUAUAUGGUGGGGAGGAAGUUUCUCUUGUCCAACCAGACCCUGUGGGGUUGCAGAUUGAUCGUUUGCAAAACCAACUCACAGAAAAGGUUAAGGAACUGGCAACUUGCCAGAGUGAAAUCAAGGCCUUAAGGGCAACUGAAGCUAAAAAGGACAAGGCCAUAGAAGAGCUGAGAAAUGAAGUCGGUAAGCUGGACGAUAAACUUAGACUUACUGAGGAUCAUCUCAAACAUAAGAAGCUAGAAAUCAAGAAACUGACAGAGGAAAAGAAAGAUGCAUUGGCCGCACAAUAUGCGGCAGAAGCAACUCUUAGAAGGUUACAUGCAGAUCAAAAGGAAGAUGAUUUUGUUCCUCUUGAGAGUGUCAUUACUCCUCUUGAAGCUGAGAUUAAGAUGUAUAGGAAUGAGAUUGCAUCACUACAAGAAGAUAAGAAAGCUUUGGAACGACUCACAAAGUCAAAAGAGGCAGCAUUGCUUGAAGCAGAGAAGAUUUUAAGAAGUGCACUAGAGAGAGUUUUAAUAGUUGAGGAAGUUCAAAAUGAAAAUUUUGACUUGAAGAGACAGAUUGAAAUCUGCCAGGAAGAGAACAAAAUCUUAGAGAAAACACAUCGCCAAAAGAUUUUGGAAGUUGAAAAACUUAGCCAAACCAUCCAUGAACUUGAGGAGGUCAUCUUAUCCAGUGGAGUCAAUGCUAAUGCUGUUCGCGAUUACCAGCGACAGAUUUCUGAAUUGCAAGAGGAGAAAAGGACACUGGAGAGGGAGCUAGCAAGGGUAAAAGUUUCAGCCAACAGAGUUGCAACUGUUGUGGCGAAUGAGUGGAAGGAUGAGAAUGACAAGGUCAUGCCUGUCAAGCAAUGGCUUGAAGAGAGAAGGAUAAUGCAGGCAGAGAUGCAACGAUUGAAAGAUAAGCUAGCUAUAUCAGAGAGAACAGCAAAGGCAGAGUCACAAUUGAAGGAUAAACUCAAGAUGAGGUUAAAAACACUAGAAGAAGGCUUAAAGCAUUUCUCAAAUAACCCAGUCAGUUCAAAUUCCGGGUCUGCAAAAUCAGAAAAGUAUAAGAUCUUAAGCUUCCUAACGACCAAUGGUGGACUGAGAAACAGAUGCACAUCACAACCAAGGGGAUCUACUAAUGGAAGCUCUUUGUUCCAAAAGUCAAAUGCAAAAAGCAACACAGAGAGUGUUACUGAGAGCCUAAUACCAGGCAGCAUUAUGAAAAAGAAAUAUGGUACUGCAGAAAAUGUGUUGAAGAAAGGUAUAUGGGCAUCAAGACACAAAGUUGCUGAUAGUGAUGAAAAAGAAAAUGAGAUGCAGGUGAACGCAGGCAUGAAUUUAAAUAAAUGCAAUGAUAAAAAAGAAGCAGCAGAAAUUAAAACCAGUGUUGAUGUUGAUGACGACUCUAAAAGCAAUAGCUGUAAUGAUUUAGGCAGCAAUGAUGUGGUCUCAGGUUUUCUAUAUGAUAGGCUUCAAAAAGAGGUCAUCAAUUUGAGGAAAUCUUGUGAAAUUAAAGAGAGUAAUUUGUACACUAAAGAUGAAGAAAUAAAGAUGCUCACAAAGAAAGUUGAUGCAUUGACAAAGGCUAUGGAAAUAGAGUGGAAGAAAAUGAAAAGAGAAGCAGCUGCUAGAGAGAAGGAGGCUGCAUCAACAAAAUCAGAUGAUAACAGGAAACUCAGACGCUCAAAUUCCUCUAGAAGGAUGAUAUGAUGAAAGAACAUUGAAGAGUCUUUAUUUAGAGAAAUCUGAAGGCAAUUUAAUAAUCAAUGGCAUCUUGGGAUUUUUCUUUUCUUUGUAAAUAAAAAGCAAAAACUUAGUGAGGUAGUAUGUUGAAAUAAAGUUCCGCUGUGCUAAGGGAGUCUGGGAUCUGACUCUCUACAUACUACAUACACUAAAUUUAUUUAACUGGCAUCCUCUGUGCUCUGUGAUUGUGAGUAUUACAUACAUAUUAUCCCCAUUUGUCAAAUGUAUCUGCAGAGAGAUGAAAUAUAUAUGAUGCACAUUUGGAAAAUAUUUGAA